CCGCACGGCCCCGCACGGCCCCGCACGGCCCCGCCAGACACGGCCCGGCCCCCAGCAGAGCGGAGGAGAGGCUGAGGGCUCGCCAUGCCGCUGGUGAAGAGGAACAUCGAGCCCCGGCACCUGUGCCGGGGGGCCCUGCCCGACGGCGUGACCAGCGAGCUGGAGUGUGUCACCAACAGCACCCUGGCUGCCAUCAUCAAACAGCUGGGCAGCCUCAGCAGGCACGCAGAGGACAUCUUUGGAGAGCUGUUCAAUGAAGCCAACAGCUUCUACAUGAGGAUGAACUCACUGCAGGAGAGGGUGGACCUGCUGGUCAUCAAGGUGACGCAGCUGGACUCCACCGUGGAGGAAGUUUCACUGCAGGACAUCAACAUGAGGAAAGCCUUCAAGAGCUCCACGGUGCAGAACCAGCAGGUGGUGUCCCGCAACUCCAUCCCCAACCCGGUGAUGGAGAUGUACCAGCGCUGCGACAAACCCCCGCCUCUCAACAUCCUCACACCCUACAGGGAUGACAAGAAGGAUGGCCUCAAAUUCUACACCGACCCCUCCUACUUCUUCAACUUAUGGAAGGAGAAGAUGCUGCAGGCGACAGAGGACAAGAGGAAGGAGAAGCGCAGGCAGAAGGAGCAGCGGCUGGUGGAGGACUCCACCCGGGAGGUGAAGAAAGUGAGGAAAGCCCGCAACCGGCGCCUGGAGUGGAACAUGAUGGCGUAUGAUAAAGAGUUCCGGCCGGAUAACAGGUUCUCACCAUCCCCCUAUCACAUGGCAUCAUCGGAAGGAUCACUGUCCCCAGAUAAUAGGUCCUACGCGUCGGACGCUGCCGACCACUCGUACCCGGCCAGCCCCAACCACCCAGCCCAGCUGCUGGCCCCCGCUGCCCACCUGGCCCCGGCGGAGCACAAGGAGGGGCUGGCGGCCCCCACGCCCCCCGAGCACGGGUUCAGGCCCGCGGGCAGCCGGCAGAACAGCCUGACCCGCCUGCAGCAGCCCCACGCGCCGCCGCCCCCCGAGGCCGUGCUCAACGGGCCCAGAGCCCACCUAGUCAAGGAUUACGGGCCGCAGCCGGUGCCCAUGGCCGAGUACUUCGUGCCGCCGGCCCCGCCGCCGCCGCCGCCCGUCAUCCCAUCGGCCCAGACCGCCUUCGACAGCCCCAUCUCGGCUCCCCCCGCGCUGGGCCCCGGCUCGGCCGCAGCCCCCAACUACGCCCCAUCGCCGCCCCCCGCGCCCCCCGGGCCCUACUCGGCCUCCCCGCCUCAGAGCGGGCCCAUGGCCCCCCCGGUGGCGCCGCCGCCGCCGCCGCCCGGGCCCCCGGCCGUGUCCGCCUCGCCCGCGCACUCCGCAUCGCCACCGGCCCCCGCCGAGCCCCGCAAGCCGCAGGUGCCGCUGAUGCCCAUGAGCGACGCCCGGAGCGACCUGCUGGCUGCCAUCCGCAGGGGAAUCCAACUCCGGAAGGUGCAGGAGCAGUGGGAACAAGAGGCCAAGAAAGAGCCUGUGGGCAAUGACGUGGCCACCAUCCUGUCGCGCCGCAUCGCCGUGGAGUACAGCGAGUCCGACGACGACUCGGAGCUGGACGAGAACGAGUGGUCGGACUGAGGGCCCCGGCUGGGCGGGCUCGGGCUCCUGCUCCCCUCCAGGUGUGUAUGGGCACCUUCCCCAGGGGGCUCCUGCUCCCCUCCAGGUGUGUAUGGGCACCUUCCCCAGGGGGCUCCUGCUCCCCUCCAGGUGUGUAUGGGCACCUUCCCCAGCGUCGCUGCCCCGGUCAGGAGCUUUGCUUUUACACUAUGUCCAAAACCCUUCGGGCAGCAGCAGCAGCAGCAGCAGCACUGGUAGGAUACACCUUGGAGGCAGUGAGAGCAGAAAUUAGCAGCACCUUCACAGUUAAUGACUUCCAAAAUUCUCUGAAGGCAGGUUAAUAGAUUUACACCUGGAGCAAGAGCAGAGACUGGCCCUGGGUGUGCUUUGUGAGAGGAGGGAGCCCCAGAGGCAGCAGUGCUUUUCCAGCUAAAUGUUAAUUGUGAUAACGAGAAGCUCCUGGAGAAGAAGCCUUGUUUGCACAGCUGGUGCCACCACGGGAGCUCAGGGGUGGCAGUGUGGGUUUGGGGACACUGCUGCUGGGGGUUUUGGGGUCAGGCAGCUCCAAAGGCUGGGUGUGAGCAGGAGCCUCCUUCCCUACAGAGCAAUGCACCACGUUUAGUAGCAGUUACACCCUUGUGUUGUUGCUCCCUGGAAAAUCAUGGAAUGCUUUGGGUUGGAAGGCACCUUUAGAGCCCAUCUAGUCCAACCAGAACUGGGACACCCUCCACCAGACCAGCUUGCAUGAGCAGCCCAAGGUGUUGGUGACCUCAGCCUGUAUCCACCCUCAGAGCUGGUUUUCUAGGAGCAAAGGGAGAAGGCAAGGCUGGAGUGGCUGGCAGGGAGAGCCAGCCUUGUCUGGGCCUGUCCUGCCUCUCCAGCAAAGGAGCAGAGGUGUCCAGGGAGCUCCCCCAAGCCCAGCUCUCCUUGGCCUUAGCAUGGCACCAUUUCAGUGUGAUUUGGGAAAAAGUUAAUCAGACAAUCUGCUGCUUUCAGGUAAACUCUCAACUUGCACUUUGCAGCCCCACAAACUGUGCCUGUACAAUUGGGAUCAGCUCAGAGCCAGGCACUGAUUCCCCCUGGCUGAUCCUGCUCCUUCCCCUGUCCCAAGUUUGGACACUGAUGGAGGAGCUGGGUGACCAGCCCCUGUUUCAGCACUGAAAAUACCUGUUUUCCUAUCAAAACUGAGCCUGAUCCAUAGAAGACUUUUCACAGAGCUACAAAGAGAGGAGGAGGCACAGAGGAAGGCAGAGCAAAGGGCUGGGAAAUACUGGAAAUAUCCCAGGCAGGUCUGAAAACCUGCAGAGAGCUGGGAGAGGUUCCCCACCUGUGGAAAACAGGCCAGCACCAGCUGUGGAUUGGCCACUGUGGUGUCCCCAGACCCUCUCUUGUGUUCAGCUCUACCACAAGUCCCUGAGCAGGGAAAGCUGAGCUCUGUGCCCAGUUCCUGCCUCUCUCAGCAGCCCUGCAGGUGAUGGCUGCUUCAGCAGGAUUUUGCCUAUGUAGAAGCAGCCAGACCUGCAGAAGAGGUGGGAGGAUAUGGCUGAGAUCCAAAUGCUGAUGGCUAAAUUCACAAAAUCCUAGAGUGAUUUGGAGUAAAAGGGACCUUAAAGACAUCAUCUCAUUCCAACCUCCUGCCAAGGGCACCUUCCACUAGAGCAGGUUGCUGAUACCCUGGGAAGUGCUGGUGUUGAGCAAGGUCCCAAACAUCUGCCCAUUUGCCCCCAGUGCAAACCCCUCAGGGCCAGGUGUGGUGAAAUGCCACCAGGAGCUUUCCCUUCUCUUGUCCCUUGGAUGUGACACCUUCCACACCUCCACACCCAGGCUGGGAGCUGCUGAGUGGGCUUGAGCAGGGCUGCAGAAGGGAUUUGGGAUGUGGGAGAGGGCAAGGCAAGAAGCAGCAGGACACAGGGAAUAACUCAUCUGCAGAACCCAAGGAGCAGGAGUGACCAGAGGGCCAGGGAGACACCUUGCCCCGCAGGUGGCCAGGAAAUUCCUGGUGCACACUGAGAGCUCUUGGUUCUGGUGUUGACCCUCUGAGAUGCAGGGAAAUGGCUGCAGGAGGUUUUUACAGAGCCCCUGCAAUGCCCAGGAGCUGCUUUCCUUGGGAAGGCAGCUGGGCUUUGGCUGGAGCAGGUUUGAAGGAGGCAGUGUAAAAAUUCAGGAGUGCAAAAAUUCAGGGCAACAUUUAAGGUGGAGUUUCUGGUGGAGCAUUAUUAACAUAGAUACAAUCACAAAACAGUGUGUAAGCAAAGGGAAAUUUGGUUUAUUUAGGCAAUUUAGGAAGAGCAAUAACCCUUUGUGAGAGAGAGAAAACAGCAGGGGCUGGUGGAGCUGCUCUUGUGUGUUCCAGAGGUGGAGGGGCUGCAGAGCCACCGUGGGGACCCAGCAGAGCUGAGGAGCCCCCCUGGGCCUGGGAGGGGGCUCAGGGACACAGGGGACUCCCCCUGGGCUCUGUGGCUGUCCCAGACUGCAAAGCUGAGCCAGUCCUGCUCUGUGGUAUUUUCAGGGUCUCCAGGACGAAGGAGGAAUUGAGAAUUUGACUCCAUGUUCUUACAAGGCUAAUUUAUUAUUUUAUGUACUUAUAUUACAUGAAAGAAUGCUAUACUAAAACUAUAGUAAAGAAUAGAGAAAGGACACAGACAGAAGGUUUAACAAGAUACUGCUGAAAAACUCUGUGACUUCUUCCAGAGUCCCAACACAGCUGGACAGUGAUUGGUCAUGAAGUAAAAACCAUUCACCUGUUGGAUAAACAAUCUCCAAGGCAGCAAAACACAGGAGAAGCAAUCAGAUAAUUAUUGUUUUCAUUCCUCUCUGAGGCUUCUCAGCUUCCCAGGAGAGAAACCCUGGUGAAGGGAUUUUUCAGAAAAUGUGACAGUGGCACUGGUGGGAGCUGGAGAGCAGCCCAGGGCCCCUGAGAGAUCCAGUCCCUCCUUUCCAUGCCCCAGCUGCUCUGUGUGUGUCACAUGGGGCUGUGGCAAUUGGGGCAGGACCCUGUGGGUGUGUGGCACUCAGGGCUGUCCCGUGGCCCUGUCACCCUGUGCUGGGGCUGGACUGGUGCUGUGGCAUGGCAAAGGGCUUGACAAUCACAGGAAGGUUGGGAGGGACCCUAAAGGGCAUUUUUAGGUCACUCAGGCCACAGCUGCAGAGCAGAUGCACAGCUGGCAGCCCCAGGGUGGGCAGGAAAGGCUCAGCCCCAUUUCCUCACAUCUUUCUGUCUUACACCACGUCCCCACUGGUGUAAAACACCCAUCCCAGCAGCCCCAGGGGGGCAGGGAAGGCUCAGCCCCAUUCCCUCACAUCUUUAUGUUCUUACACCACAUCCCCACUGGUGUAAAACACCCAUCCCAGCAGCCCCAGGGUGGGCAGGAGAGGCUCAGCCCCAUUUCCUCACAUCUUUCUGUCUUACACCACGUCCCCACUGGUGUAAAACACCCAUCCCAGCAGCCCCAGGGUGGGCAGGAGAGGCUCAGCCCCAUUCCCUCACAUCUUUAUGUUCUUACACCACAUCCCCACUGGUGUAAAACACCCAUCCCAGCAGCCCCAGGGUGGGCAGGAGAGGCUCAGCCCCAUUUCCUCACAUCUUUCUGUCUUACACCACAUCCCCACUGGUGUAAAACACCCAUCCCAGCAGCCCCAGCCCAUCCUGCUCUGCUGCAGGAAAUGCCCUGAGAGCACAAACGCAGCUCAUAUUCUCAGCUCCAUGGCCUCCCAGCUGCUUGGGAACAUCCCCACCCUCCUCUCCAGGGAGCAGAACUGCCAUGGACACCCUCCAGCUGUCCUGGUAGCAGGGGUGGGGUCCCCCAUCCUCACCCCAGAGAGGGGGAGCUGGUGGAGAAGUGACCUCAGGGGGGUUUGGACACCCAUUCCUGGCCUGGCCAUGGCUCACCCAGCUCUUCCCAACCCUCCCAGCAGCACCAGGGAUCAUCAGCUGGGAAAGGACCUCCAGGCUGGAGCACGAAUGCCACAGCCCCAUGAGCCAGCCCAUCCCCAGUGGGACUCAGCUCCACCACCUUCAUUUGGGGCAGAAUCACCUGCUUUUUGCUCAGGUGACCUCUGCAGUCCAACAGAAGUGACACCAAUUGCUUGGCUGCUCUGGGCUGUGCUGCUGGGACUGUGCCAUGCUAAUUAACACUGUCUGUCUGUCCCACAUGCUGCACACUCAGUGGUUUGUACAUAUGUGCCUAUUUCUGUGCACGCUCCCCAAAGUAGGCCAUGCUGAGUUACACAACCUGAAAUGCUCAAAUCCUCAUGUGGGCUGAUAUAAAAGUGAAUAUUUAAGUAUUUUAUCUAGCUUGGCAGACAUUAAAAAAUACAAUCCAGGUCACAGAUGAUUGAAUUUCUCCUGUCUCAAGAGUGCCAGAAUUGGGCUGAGGAGGUUCUCCUGUACAUUAAGGUAUCGUGUUCCCUGCUGAAAUAUAGCAGUGGCAUUUCAUUGCCAAAGGAGAAUCACAGAGUGCCAAACAUUUAAUGAGUCCAACUGAUCUCCUGAGAGCUCCUCUUUCCAUUUUAUCUGCUUCCCCCUACUUGCCAAUUUAUGGGCAUAGAUUAAAAAUAAUAAAUAUGGCUGUCAACGGCAGGGGGAAAUGAAAUAAAAUAAAAUAAAUAAAAUAAUAAAUAUGGCUGUCAACAGCAGGGGGAAAUAUCCUGUGUCCAUACAAAUGGGCUGGGCUGGAGUCAGUAGAACAGUAAAUGAGUAAAUUUGGGUUCUGCUUGGAGAUGUCAAUGGGAGCUGUAAUCCUUGAGGUCCAUCAGGAGCCUCUUGGACAUCCCAGGUGCAUCUGGAAAGGGACUUUACAGGGAGCACUGUGCCUGUGGUACAGCUGUGAAGCUACAGCAGGAGUGAAGGCUGGUUCUGCUCAGGGUUGCUGGAAGUCCUGCAGUGUUCACUCCUGGAAUUGUCCCCCUGAUCUGGAGUGACCAUGGAGCUGGCUGGUGCUGCUGGUGGCUCUCAAAGGAUCAGUGUCCUGCAGGAAGAAUGGAUUGGGCAGUUUCCAGUUUCUAAUUUCCCACCCAGGGAAGAGACCCAGAGAGGAGCAAUCACCCAUCCCACGAGGGCUCCUGCCUUUGCAGCUGUUUCAUCCUGGGGAGGUUUCACUCCAGUGACAAACUUAGGGCUGAACUUGGCUUCUUCAGAGAGCUCUUUGCACAGAAGAGUCCUCAAAUUUCCUCCCAGCCACUUUUCCACCUCUCUCUCCCUUCCCAGACACCCAGCAGCCUGCACAGAAGCCUUGCAGACUCCCCUGAGCCUGAAUUAACACCUCAGCUUUAACAAAUGGGAGUUUUGCUGGAGGGAGGCAGGUGGCAGCCCUGGAGGUGGCAUUUUGGAGGGGACAUUGCAGAGGUCCCCAGCUGGCAGGAGCUCUGUGCCACUUCCUUGUGGAUGGAGCAGGGAUGGCCAUGGGAAGCACAGGCUGUUCCUUUCACCAAUAUUCCUGUUUUUCCUGUAGCAGUAGUUCUUUAGGGGGUAAGGUUUUUCUCAGCUGGAAUGUCACUUUACAGAUUUAAAAAAUUAAAAAAAAAUAAAAUAAAAAAUAAGGGCAAGGAGUCUGUCCUGAGGAGUUUACAGUCUACAGCAAAGACCAUGUAACCUGCACUGCACUUUAGAAGCCUCAAAUGCUCACUCACCCAUGAAUUUCCCCUCCAGCAGCCCCUCGAGGGCAGUUGUCCCUUCCUUGGUGGCCCCUGAGCAGCACCAGCCACUCCCUGCUGGUGACAGAGCCCCGGGGCUCUCCUGCCCCCAAUUCCCCACUCAGAAGUGCCUGAGCAAAGCCCAGGAGAGCCAAGCCAUGCUGGGUUUGUCCCUGUCCCCACACAGCUGUGCUCCCUGGAUGGCCUCAGGGCUGUCACCAACCAUGGCCCAGCCUCUGGGAAACCUCCUCCAGACACAACCUAAAGCCAGACUGUGAAUGGUUCCAUCUUUUUGAGAAUCAAAGGGAGGGGGUUUUGUGUGUGAAUCUGAUUUUUUUUGGACAAACCCCAGGGAUUUUAGGCUCACUCUCUCAAGCUCCACCUUCUCCAGGUGAAAAAUGUGCCUGUAUUUGCCUGGUGGAGGGAAUAAAUAAAAACCAAACCAAACCCCAGAGUUAAGAGCUUCAGGGAGGAGGUGUCUGCCCCAAAGCCUUCAGAGCUGUGCCCACAGGCAGGGUGGGACAGCAGGGUGUCCUCAGGGCAGGACACCACCCUGGUGCUGUCACCAGCCUGGGGGUGUCACCAGAGCCUGCAGCAAGGGCUGGGCUCCUGCUGAGGGGAACCCCAGGCAGGAGCUGCAUGGAGGAUGUCCCUGAGGGCAGAAUUGAUGUGACAGGAGCCAAAGUGGUGUCAGAAUCACUGACAGGAGCCUGAGGCCACCACAGCACCACUGAUGCUUCACCUCCCUGGGCAUCUCCAGCAGGGAUUGUCCCUGGGUGCCUCCAGCCUCUUCUUCCCCCCAGGAACAGGAUUAAAGCUCUUGCUGGUUGUUGGGAGCCCCAGAGGUUGUGAAAGGAGCCUUUCCCUGCACACUGGCACUGCCAGGGGGGUUCAGCUCAGGUAAUUCCAGCUCUUGGUUCUGUGUAAGGUUAAGAGAAAGAGGAGAAAAUAAGACAGAAAGGAACCAGCCCAGCAUUUUAGGUUGGUUAUUUUAGGUUGGUUAUGUUCACAUCAUUUUAGGUUGGUUAUGCUCACAUCAGCCUGCACAGGGGAAACCUCAGCCAGGCCAAAGCCACAAAGGGCAGUGAGGGGGUAAAUCUGUGCUGCAGGUCAGUGUGGGACUGAGCUGUGGCACAAAGGAGCUGAGCCAGGUCUCAGGGAAAACCUUUCUGGAGGUGAGGAUGGAGAAACUCAGGUCCCAGAGGCUCUGCCAUGGCUUUGGGAAGCCAGAGAGAAGCUCUGACCUUGUGUGCAGCCAGGGAAGGGUGGAGGUGCCCACAGGGCCUUUCUGGCACCUUUGUGAUUCUCCCUCAUCCCUGGGUGGGUUACAGCCCCAGAGCAUUCCCCAGGGCAGGGCAGCUCCUUUUGAUUUUGGUGUUGAGCCUCAAAUUGAAUAAAGGUAAAAUGUGCUGCAGAAUAAGCACCUGAGAGGGAAGGGUGUGAGCUCCCAGCUGUUUCUGCUGGAUUUCAGUGGUUAAAAGGCAGAAACUCCUCUGCACCAUUCAUGAUCCACAGACUGUACUGAAUAAACCAUUAAGAUGGACAAUUUAACAUUUGCCCUUUGAUUUGGGGUAGCUCAGUUAAGAAAUCUAAAAAUAAAAUGUAAAAAAAAAAAAUCUAAAAAUAAACAAAUAAACAAACAAAACCUAACCCACCCACAAAACAAAAAAGCAAACAAACAACUCACAUGUGAUUUCCAGAAGGAUAAACUGUUCCCUUUCCUUCCCUCAGACCUAGAAGGAAGGUCAGGCACAGCAGCACUUCCCAGUCAGUCAGCAGCAGAGUGAAGCAGGUGCUACCAGAACCACUUCCAGAAAUCCCAGGAAAGUGGUGUUUAAGGAAAAGCAAUAACCACAUCACCCCAGUGCAGCAAGGAGAGCCUUUCCUGCCACUGCAGGAGGUGCUUUUGUCCCUCCCCAGCUCAAGUGUUUCAAAUCCCAUUGAUUUUCACCUCUCACUGGUGCUGUGCAACCCUGGUGCCUCAGCUGGGAUUGCUGACUCCAUGGAAAAACCAAAAAUCUUGUGUUAAAAAGGGAGAGGGCUUGGAGGCAGGGACAGACACUCCUGUGAGGCCCAUGGAGAGCUGCUGCUGAUUUCCUCCUGGCAGCUGCAGCACCUCAGGCAGAGCCCUGCCAGGGCCCCAAAAAUCAGUCAUGAGCAUCAACACCCCCCUCUCUGCCCCCCCUCCAAAUUUAAUUUUACUCUGAGAUGUUUCAGCUCUGUCUGUAGCUCUGGCCAGUUUUCCACAGAUGGGGCUGCUCUUUCUGUUGUUUGUUGUCUUGGAUGGCAGAUCAGGUAAAGAAAGCAAAUCACAGACUCCCAGAACUGUUUGGAUUUCCAGUUUGGUUGUCCCAUGGGCAGGGACACCUUCCAUGAGACCAAGUCCCACCCAACCUGCUCAAAUCCCCACAAAUUUCAAAAACCUUUUCCUUCAAAAUGCAUUUUCAGGGCCUUUUGGGGCUGAUGGAUCCUCAUCUUAACAGACAUCCUGAAUUUUGGGGCUGCCUGACUUGUUGGGGUGACCUGAGGCAGGGUGUGAGUUUGGGGUGAUGCUGAGCUGGGCUGGCACCUUCCUCCCCUGUGCCCUCAGCUGUGCCCUGCCACACACAGGGCUGGGCCCCAGAGCUGCUGCUGGGGACACCACGGGGCCAGGGCAGCUCCUCAGGACACAAGUGCCUUUCCUGGGCUCCCUCUGCAGCCUCCUGGGCUGGGAGUGGGCAGAGCUCAGCUGGGCUGGGACCCUGGAGCUGCCCAGGGACCCUCUGGGAUCCCCCUCCCACAGGAGUGUCCUGGGGAGCAGCGGUCACUCCAGCCUUGGGAACCUCUGAGCAGCCUGGAGCCAUGGGGACAGUGCCCAGGGGAAGGCAUGGGGACAGUGCCCAGGGUGUGGGGAGGGGACAGACCCUGUCACCGCCCUGCUGUGGGGAGGGGACAAUCCCUGUCACCACCGUGGUGUGGAGAGGGGACAAUCCCUGUCACCGCCCUGCUGUGGGGAGGGGACAAUCCCUGUCACCACCGUGGUGUGGAGAGGGGACAAUCCCUGUCACCACCGUGCUGUGGGGAGGGGACAAACCUUGUCCCAACCGUGCUGUGGGGAGGGGAUAAUCCCUGUCACCACCGUGCUGUGGGGAGGGGACAAACCUUGUCCCAACCGUGCUGUGGGGAGGGGAUAAUCCCUGUCACCACCGUGCUGUGGGGAGGGGACAGACCCUGUCACUGCCGUGCUGUGGAGAGGGGACAAUCCCUGUCACCACCGUGCUGUGGGGAGGGGACAAACCCUGUCCCAACCGUGCUGUGGGGAGGGGAUAAUCCCUGUCACCACCAUGCUGUGGGACAUGCACGUGCUGUGGGUCGCUGCUGUCAUGGGGCAAGCAUCCAGGAGAGCCUUCCUCCUCCUCCUCCUCCUCCUCCUCCUCCUCCUCCUGCUGCUGUCCAGCCUGGGGCUGCUGGGCCAAUGGCAGCUGCUGCAGCAGGACAGGAGCCAUCUCCUCCCAGCUUCCAUCCUCUCUGGGGCCAGCAGGAGCCCUGACGCCCCUGGGGGAGGCCAGGUGCUGUUGGAGAGUUGUUUUGGAGGGAAUUGAAGGCAGAUCAAAGCAUCUCAGACCCCCAAACCCCUCUGCACCACCCAAACUCUGAGACCUCUUGGAGCCCUGGGCACCCAUCCUCCCACAACAGAGCAUCCAGAGCUCCAGAUGGGCAUUCCAAAAGCAGUUUUCUCUCCUUUUGGCACCAGCUGGUCACACACAGAGCCCAGAGCCAGGGCUGCUCUCUGUGGAGGUUGUCCCCAGCUCUGCAGGGGUGGCACAGAGGGGACAGGGACACCUCAGCAUCCCAACACUCCUGCAAAAGGCUCAUUUUUAAUCACAGCAGAAAAAAUUACUCCAUCUCCUUAGAUUUGCCACCUGGCAGAAGGAGCUGGUGCAGGACAGGCACCUUCCCAAGGGAGGGUGACCCAUUCCAGGCCAGGAGAGGCUCCCAUUGCUCAGAGCUGAGUUGAGGGAGGAGAUGUUCUCUGUCUCUGGGGUCUGUAACCGUGUGCCCUUAGUCAGUAGGUGAGUAGAUGUUGCUGCCCGUGUCUAUCUCCCCUGCCCAGUUGCUACAUGUGAACAAGUGUAUUUCUCCCCAGUGUUGUGGGUUCUGCCUGUGGUGACACAAGGAUGGGAAGGGAGGGGUGACCUCGAGCUUCCUCCUGGACAGGGUAGAGAGGAAACCUGGACGGGUCCGAGGCACCACUUGUAACUACAUUUGUUCAAGAAAUGUCAUCUUAAUCCCAAACUGUUGACACUUUAUGCAUGUGCUAAUUAAAUUUAAAAGAAAAAAUGACAAAAAAGAAAAAAAAUUAAUAAAGAUUUUAAGAGGUUACAGUA